AGAUAUUAUUUGUCAAAAUAGUAUAUCAGCUGGCUUAUUGAUGAAUUUAGCUAACUAAAAACAAGGUUUAUGUGUUAAAUAAAAGCAAUUUAAUGUGUUUGAAACAUGAACGAAUCAACAUCAAAAAAGAUACUUUUUAAUAAAUCAUCACUAUUAAGCUUAAAAGCAGAAUUACUAAAGAAACAAGAAGAGGUUUACGAGAAGAAACAUCUGCCUCAGCAUAAAAUAGAGAAUUUUAAACCAGCUCCUUCAAAGCCUAGUAUUGAGGAAACUAAGGAACACUCGAAGAAGAGUUUUAAAGAUAGCCUAAAGGCUGUAGACACUGAAGAGUUAGAGGCAAAUAGGAAAGUAAAGGCAGCUUUAGAAAAGAAGGCAGAGCUGUAUGAACACUUGAAGGACGGUGCAGGUGACUCACAGUUGGCUGGCAGAUUUUUAGUGGACUUCAAAAAUAAAAAACAGCAAGAAAGAGAUGAUUCACAAGAAGAUUGCAAUUCACAAGCUCCAGAAGCAUCUUAUCAGGAUGAUGACAAUGAUUGGGUUGAGUUCACUGAUUGUCUUGGUCGCACACGCAAGUGUCACAAAUCAGACCUAGAUCUAUACAUGAAACGAGAUAGAGAUCUUGUGAAAAUUUUAACCAAUGAUCAUGAUAAUAAAGAUGAUACUAAGGAGUCAUCGAAUACCACUACUCCUCAAAGCGAAAAACCACUACUAGUGCAAAAAACAAAUGACUAUCUACAGUCACUACGUGAGAAAUGGGAGGAAAAAGAGAAGGAGCUGCUUGCCAAAGACAAGGAUAUUCACUACCAGGAUCUAUUGUUUGAUGAGGCGCGCAUCCACGGCGUCGGCUACUACUCCUUCAGCACCGACGAGACGGAGCGUCGGCGGCAGAUGGACGAACUCUUGAAGCAGCGGGAGGAGACGCUGCGGGCGCAGAAGGAAGCCGAAGCAGUGAGGAAGAAGCGUGACGAGUUGCUGGCGGCAAGAGUCGCGGCCGCGCGCGCUCGUCAGAGGGCUAGGGCUGGCUUACCGCCGGAAGAGCCGAAAGCGCAAAACGAAAAGGACUUCACCACAUGCUUGCUAGAAUUCUUGACUCAGCAGAAGAACGAGGCAGACGCCAAAGCGAAAGAAGAAGAAAAGAAACUUCGGGAAGAACAAGAGAAGGAAAGGCAAAAGUUGCGGGACGCAUACAUCCGCGAAUGGGACUUGGGCAAGGAAGGGGUUGAGGGUAAAGUCAAGAAAUUCCGGGAAAUGACCCAAGAAGAAUACGUAGAGCAGCAGAGAAGUAAACGCAUAGACGAAUUCGCACCACCAAAAAGUUCAUCGUCCUCAAAAUCUGUUCACACUUUCGAUGAAAGUGGUAGAAGUUCUUCUGGGUUGAAUCCAUCUGCGCCAAAAACGUGGUCAGAAGUAAGACCGAUGGAAGCUCCCCCGCCCCCAGAUAUAGGAGAUAUCAGUGCGUUAGACGAACAAAAAGGCUUAUACUUUUCUACCAAGAAACCUGCUAACACCAUUAAAUACAAGAACUUUGUUAAACCCCAAGAACCAACGCCCAUAGAAAAUGAACUUAGUGACGAUGAAGGUGAAGGUGAACAAAUAAGGCCACAAAAAAGAAAAUCUGAAAGAGAUCAUUCAGAAAUAGCACCUCCUCCGACCUACGACUAUUAUGGGCCCACGCCAAAACAUUCUAGACCCAAAAAACCAUUCGAGUCUGACAUUAGGGAAGCAUACGCACAGGGCGCGAAAAGCCUAGAGGCAAAAGGUAACGAUAGGCAACUAUCAAAAGCGUAUGACUUCACAUUUGAUUGAUAUACAUUUUAUGUAAAUAAAAAUGCUAAGUGUAAA